CCUGGUUAUCUCUCAUGAGAGGCUCGAACCACCUGCACCUCUAACACCAAAACAACAAAGCUCAAUGCUUGAUUAUACUAUUACCACCACCAGACAGGGCUACAAGGCCGCAUACGAUGAACGACUCCACAAAUACGGCCGGUCGACUGGCGCCUCUGCUCUGUUCGCUAACAAUGUCGAUGGCCACGAUGAGAAAGGCGUGCGCAUCGAAGCCCCUGAGAUCUUGAAGGAGUUCGUCGACGGCGUUGCCUUCGGAAAAGAUCCCGUCGGUACCUUGUUCUACUAUAACAUUGACGAUAUCAAUGGGAAGACGAGGUACAAUGUGAUCCACAGCGAUUCCUCUGUGGAGAAGGACGACGUAGCCGUCAUCGUUCAAUUCUUUGGCAAUGUUGAUAAUCAGGGCAAUUUUUAUGCUGAGUUUGUCGGAAGAGAUCCGGCGCGCACUGUCAAACAUCUCGUAGACGGUACAAAGCACAAAGGGGGGUCUUGGCAUUCCCUCAAACUCACAAAGGCCACUGCAUUGGUCCAAAAGAAAAUUUGGGAAACUGAAAUUAAAAUCACCAUCGCUUCCAUCGAUAAACAAACCUCGUUCCGCCUCCCUGCUGGGGUUUCCGCUGGAAACAUCAUUUCCGUCUGGGGCAAUCUGUCUAUCAACCGCAUCAACAAGAUCGGUAAUGGCACUAAAUCAGUCGUCGAUUAUAAUAACGAUCGAAUUCUAUUUUACCCUGACAACCUACAUCCCCCUUUUCACCCUAAAGACCUGACGGCCGUUUUCAUUCCUUUUAAAGCCAAAGAUUCAGACGCGAACGCUCUUGGAAAGGAUGAGAAGUUCAUUCCUAUUGAAGCCAAAGCUUCAGACGCUGGAGGCCUCCGAUUGGUGACUGCUUGGCGCAACCAAGAUAAACAUGAUGAUGAUUAACCUGUGUCUGUUUGUCUGUCAAAGGAGCACUUCUCAUCCCCGUCCUGAUGAAGCAUAUCGCGAUGCAUUGUAAAAUAGUUCAUGCCAGAGUUUUCUUGCUUGUUCACAAUUUGAGAAUGAGAUUCAGCAUAUUCACCCC